AUGGACGUGGCCAUGGACUUCUUGUACCUGGCUGUCCCACUGCUCUUCACCAUCCUGGCCCUCAUCCUCACCUCUGUCUUCAAAAGGAUGCCGGGAGCCGAGGGGGAGCAGACCCGGGAGCCGGUGGCGGCCGAAGCGGCCCGGGAGAGCAGCCCCGGGGACCAAGCAGGAGCAGGGCUGGAGGCCUGCAGGGAGCAGCUGCCGGUGGAGGAGGUCAGGGCAGACGAGGAGGGGAAAGAGGUGGCUGCCGAGCAGCGGGAGGAGGUGGCGGAGGAGCCGAACCCCGAGGCUGAGCCCAGCCUCGCGGCGGCUGAAAGCAUCCCCCAGCAGCUACCUGCCGAGCUCCGCAAGCCCGACACCCAGGAGGAUGCAGAGAGCAAGAUACCACCUUUGGGAGCCUCAGCUGGGUCCAGCCUCGGCACGGGACAAGUGGAGGAUGCAGGAGACCACACAGCAUUUCCCAGCAAGGCAGAGGAGGAAGAGCUGGACUCAGAAAAAGUGAAGCUGGUGGUGGGAGAGCCGGCAAGAACAGCAGCUACACCAGCCCCAGUGACAAGUACAGCAGCAUCAGUUGAGAGUUCUGAAGGUUUUGAAUGGCUUUUGGGUAUCCUUGGGACCUGCCUGCUGAUUGUGAUGGGGAUCAGCAUGUUGGCACACAUACAGAGUGUGUUUUACCCACCACCAUUUUGUCUGAUCUCAAAAGUUAAGCAGAGUCAGGUUUGGGUCUUGUCUAGGGUUAUAUGACAAUAUAGGAGGACCAAGCGGUUUUCCCCAAGGCUGGACAGUCAUGAGUGGCAGGGCGUGUGGGACAAUAUGGGCAAGUAUCUAGUCCACUGGGCCCCUCCAGUGCUUUGGAAGCAUCGGAGAUGGAAGGCAGCUAUAUGGAGUCCCCAGCAACAAGCUGCAGAAACUGCUGAAGGGGACGGUGAAUAAUUUUGGUCCUGGUGGGCCCAUGGCACUUCAGGUCAUCAGGGCAGAGAUGCAACAUAGAGAUGGACUCAUGAUCGAGGGAUGGACUCAUGAUCGAGGGGUGGACUUAACAAUGGACACUAUUGCCCAGAUUAUUCACGAGUGUGAACACUGCACACAGUCUCUCCUGCUCUGGAAGACUGUUACAAGAG